AUGGACCGAACCAUAACAACCAAGCCCAGUCCUCAGGCCCAUUUGACCGAAGUAAAUCCGUUGGACCCUCAGGCUCUUGGGGAUGCUUUUCAGGUUCUAAAUGUCCAAGAAUCUGAUGAUUGGGAUGAUCCAUGGGAUAUGGACACUGGAGCUACCAAUCAUGUCACGGGGGACCAAGGUUGGGAAUGUACUCUUAGUGAUACCUCUUUAUUCGUCUACAAGCGUGGUACUGAAAUGGCAUAUCUUCUGUUAUAUGUGGACGAUAUCAUACUUACAGCUUCUAAUGACAACUUGCUUCGUCACAUCAUUACUUCACUUUCCAAAGAAUUUGCUAUGAUGGACCUAGGCUCUUUACAUCAGUUUUUGGGAAUCAAUGUUACUCGUAAACAAGAUGGCUUAUUCCUUUCACAGGAACACUACACACAUGACAUCAUUGCUCGAGCUAAUAUGACUAAUUGUAAGCCUUGUGCAACCCCUGUGGAUACGUCUUCCAAGUUAAGUGCUUCAUCAGGUCCUUCUAUUUCAGAUAGUUCUUUAUACCGCAGUCUAGCUGGUGCACUGCAAUAUCUCACUUUUACACGCCCUGACAUAACCUACGCGGUCCAACAGGUUUGCCUUUUCAUGCACGAUCCUUGUGAACAUCAUUUUCAGUUUUUGAAGCGUAUAUUACGUUAUUUAAAAGGCACGAGUGAUCAAGGUUUGCUUAUUCGUCCCUCCAAGUCUUGUGCACUUACUGCCUAUUCAGAUGCAGACUGGGGGGUUGCCCGGACUCCAGGAGAUCCACAUCGGGCUAUUGUGUUUUUCUUGGAGAUAACAUUGUCUCAUGGUCCUCUAAGCGGCAAGCUACUAUUUCUCGAUCUAGUGCUGAAGCAGAAUACCGCGGUGUAG